CUAUUCUCCAUUUUGAUUGGCUGCGGUAGGGAUUAUGUCAGCGUUUACCUCAAUGAACCACAGCAGAGAGUGAAGUUGCACGAUUUUCUAUUAUAUAUUUAUGACAAACUUUUACAUUGAGCAUUUUUGUCAAUUAUAAUCCCGACUGAACAAGGAAUUGCCCGAUUCGGUUUCUGGAAAGAUCAUUUUAGCCUUUCUUCUAGCGUCAACCAACAAGGAAAUCGUUUCAUGCUAGCGUAAUGUAGCUGGCUAUUCUCAUUUCUUCACCUUUUUUUUUUCCAAAUCUUAACCGAACUUGCGUGAAGUUGCAGGUAUGACUGAGUACAAGCUCGUGGUGGUGGGUGCAGGAGGUGUGGGGAAAAGUGCCCUCACGAUACAACUUAUCCAGAACCACUUUGUGGACGAGUAUGAUCCAACCAUCGAGGACUCGUAUAGAAAGCAGGUUGUGAUCGACGGAGAGACAUGUCUGCUGGACAUUCUGGACACUGCAGGUCAGGAGGAGUACAGCGCCAUGAGGGACCAGUACAUGAGGACAGGGGAGGGCUUCCUCUGUGUGUUUGCCAUCAACAACACCAAGUCAUUUGAAGAUGUUCACCUCUACAGAGAGCAGAUCAACAGAGUGAAAGACAGCGACAGUGUGCCCAUGGUGCUGGUGGGAAACAAGAGUGACCUGAACUCCCGCACAGUGGAGACCAAGCAGGCCCAGGAGCUCGCCCGGAGCUAUGGAGUUCCAUUUGUGGAGACCUCUGCCAAAACCAGACAGGGUGUUGAGGAAGCAUUCUAUUCACUUGUGCGUGAGAUAAGAAAAUACAAGGAAACCAACCGCAGCAGCAAGAAGAGCAAGAAGAACAGCCAAAGACGUUGCACAAUCCUAUAGCAGCACUUACACAGAUCACAAACCUGUUUUAUGCCGGAUACACUGCACCUAUUUCUCCGAUUUUGCACAUUCAAUUUCAGCUCUGGACCACACAUAGCUGACCAAAUCCACUUUUAGAUUUUUUUUUUUUUUUUGUAAUUCCAGCUCGUGCCCGUUGACUGGAUAAGCUGUAAUUUUUUUUUGUAUUUUAACAGUAAUUUUACCAUGUUGUAGCCAUGCCAUAAAUGUCCUUUUCAGGGUUGUCAAAAUCUUUACAAAAGCUGGGAAAACUAAGUAUUUCUGACUACAGUCCCCCCCCUAAAGAUUGUGUACUAGAUUUGUGCUUUAAUUUUUAUUUGUGUACACUAUAUUUUACAGGAUUUUAAAAUUUCAUCAGAAAAUAAGGGACAUAAUUGAUUUAAGUCAGUGUGGCUGUAAUUUGCCAUUGUUUUAUUUUGAUUCUGUUUUCCCCUGGCCAAGUAUUACAUUGUUUUUCUUUUUUUUUUAGAUUAUUGCCAGAAUAGUUUAUUUUUAUUACUGUAAAUGUACACUUUUGUAGCCCGCAGAUCAAUAAAGCGCUAGUCUUUGAGUUUUAAACUUGCUGAGUGAAAUGCUUUUGAUGCACUCUGUACCGUGUUCACGUUUUUGGUGUUUACGUUCUUUGAUAAAUAAAGGGUUUUUGAAA